UUCUGCAGUACAGAAAAGCAGAAAAGUGGAAUCUACAAGACGAGCCAAUUUAGACGUAUAUGCGAUGGCCACGAUCCAGAUGCUGGUUGGCCUACUGCUUCUGUCUGACCUUGUAGAAAGUGUCAGCAGAGAAAACUUUAAAACUUGCAACCAAAGUAGCUUUUGCAAACGACAUCGAAGACUACGGUCGGAUGCCAGUCCCUAUGUUGUACUUAUGGAAACGAUGCAAAUCCAGCCAUCCAGAAUAGAAGUGCAAAUAUUGAACACAAAGAAUAAUGUCAGGCUGCUGAUGCAGGUUACUGCUAUAAAAGAUAACACAGCCAGACUCAAGAUAAAUGAGCUUAAUCCAUUGCGGAAGCGCUAUGAGAUCCCCGUUGGUGAUGUUUUAGUUGGGGAACCCAAAACUCAAGACAUGAAGGUAUUGGUGCGUUCGGGAUCAAGCAUCAGUCUUGGAUUUGAGGAGAACAAAAUACUGAUCACGAGCCGUCCAUUCCGUGUGGACUUCAUCAAUAAAGAAGAGCCUGUAGUCAGCAUCAAUGCUCAGGGACUGCUCAAGUUUGAACACUCCCGGGAACGAAACCCACCACAAAAGGGCUGGUUAGGAAUUUGGUUUACCCGUGGUUUCAGUGAGGGAGAGGAGGAGCCAAAGGAACCCCCAAUGGAAAAUCAAGCUGAUAAGAAGAAGAAGGAGGGGGAGAAGAAAGGAAAUGAGGAAAACGACGCCAACGAGCCGGAGACGUGGGAGGAGACUUUCAAGGACUUCCAUGACUCUAAACCAUAUGGGCCAUCAUCUGUUGGUGUUGAUGUGUCGUUCCGUGGGUUCAAGUAUGUUUAUGGCAUACCGGAACAUGCAGAGUCGAUGGCCCUUAAAACCACCAAGAGUGGAGACCCGUACCGGCUUUUUAAUCUGGAUGUGUUUGGGUAUGAGCUGUACAACCCCAUGGCUCUCUACGGCUCCGUGCCCGUCAUGCUGGCUCAUAAUGAGAAGCAGACUGUGGGAGUGUUUUGGCACAAUGCCGCAGAGUCGUGGGUAGACAUCAGCUUCAACACUGUCGACAAGGUCGCGGAUAUUGUUGGUAGAGGGAGAAAUGAAAGGCCUCAGACAAACACACACUGGAUCUCAGAGAGUGGAGUUAUCGAUGUGUUUAUUAUGAUGGGACCCACAGCACAUGACGUCUUCUACCAAUACGCUCAGCUGACGGGUACCACAAACCUCCCGCCGAUGUUUGCGAUAUCCUACCAUCAGUGUCGAUGGAACUAUAACGACCAGGGCGAUGUUGAAAAUGUUGACGCCAAUUUUGACAUAUACGACAUUCCGUAUGACGUUAUUUGGCUAGACAUCGAUCACGCAGAUGGUAAAAGGUACUUUACCUGGGAUGCAAGAAAGUUUUCCAACCCUAUCGAGAUGGUGAACAACAUUGCGAGCAAGGGCCGUAAGAUGGUGACCAUUGUAGACCCUCACCUGAAGGUUGACGGCAACUACCGGAUCAACAAGGAGGCCAAGGAUCAGGGGUUGUAUGUGAAAAACAAGGAUGGCAAUGACUAUGAAGGCUGGUGCUGGUCGGAAACCUCCAGCUGGCCAGACUUCACCAACCCGAAGGUACGUCAAUGGUGGGCGAGCAAGUUCCUGUUUGACGAUUACAAGGGCAGCACCGCCGACCUGUUCACAUGGAAUGACAUGAACGAGCCGGCUGUGUUCAACGGACCGGAAAUCACUCUCCACAAGGACGCGAAACACAUGGGCGGCUUCGAAAAUAGUGACCUUCACAACAUAUAUGGCUACUAUAUGCAACAAGCGACAGCGGAGGGUCAGUUGUUGAGAAGUAACAACAAGGAUAGGCCCUUUGUACUCACCAGGGCGUUCUUCGCUGGAUCCCAGAGAUGGGGUGCGGCAUGGACGGGUGACAACGCGGCAGAGUGGUCUCAUCUCAAGGUGUCAAUUCCAAUGUUACUUUCGCUCAGUCUUGUCGGCAUCACCCACUCCGGCGCUGACGUUGGCGGCUUCUUCAAUAAUCCCGACCCAGAGCUCCUUACUCGCUGGUAUCAGGCAGCAGCGUUCCAGCCAUUUUUCCGAGCCCACGCCCACGAGUUCUCAAAACGUCGAGAACCGUACUUACAGCCCAAAAAGAACAUGCAGGUGAUACGGGACGCCAUAAGGGCCCGCUAUUCCUACCUACCCCUUUGGUACACACUGUUUUACGAAGGGGAGCAAAGUGGGGCCCCGCCCAUGAGACCCCUGUGGGUAGAAUACCCGACAGACAAGAGAACCUUCAAAAUGGAUGAUGAAUACCUCAUUGGAACAUCACUGCUGGUAAAACCAAUCACUGAAAAGGGACAAACAGGGACGCAUGUUUACUUCCCUGGAAAGGAUCAGUUGUGGUAUGACAUCGCCAGCUACAAUAGCUACAAGGGUGGCCAGUCUACAUAUGUUGAAGCUCCUCUUAGCAAGAUCCCAGUGUUUCAGAAAGGAGGCUCAAUAAUUCCGAGGAAAAUGAGAAUACGUCGGUCAUCGGGGCUGAUGAAACAUGAUCCAUUCACUCUGGUCGUGUGCCUCGAUAAAUCAGGAUCAGCGACAGGCAGUUUAUAUGUAGAUGACUACAAUUCUUUCAACUACAGGAAAGGCGAACAUUUACUGCGUUCGUUCUCAUUUCAACACAAUGAAUUCCAUAGCCGAUCUGGCGACAAAUUUUGCAGUUUCUCAACCAAGGAAUGGGUGGAGAAGAUUGUGAUAAUCGGGCUCUCUGCACGCCCAACUAAAGCCAUUCUCAAUGUUAAAGGGGUGGAAAGCAGUCUACAGCUGUCGUAUAGCAGCGACAACAACCAAGUCAUUAUACGGAAGCCAGGAGUCAACAUUGCCAAAGAUUUUAGUAUUAAAUUGUCUUAGCUGUACACCAAAAAAUGCUAAUUUUUUGCACUUAUAAAAAUGGUGUUAUUUUUUACAAGGAGAAGAACUGCAUUGUUAAGUUACUAUGCAUUAUAGUUUAGAUUUUCAGUUAGAUAUUAAGUUUCAAUUUGUCAAUCUGUUAUUCCAGUUUAUUUGAAUAUAUUGGUGGUGCCUAUAACAACAGCUAUGUGUAUAAAGUCUUGUUUAAUGGUCUUAUUUAAUUUAAAGAAGACUAAAAAUGAUUUUACACCAAAAGGAAGAAAAAUAAGCAAGAUGAGGUGUCUUAAUUUAAAAAAUACAUAUUUAUACAUUAAAUGAACAAUAGAGGGAAUAUAAAAUAUUAGUUGUUAAAAUUCAAAAAUGUUCAGUAAUUUUCACUAAGAAGCUUUAGGAAUACCGCUUCACAGUUUUAACUAAGUGAAGAGAAAUAUGCUUGGAGAAUGGCUUCAGUCUCACACAAAUAAGAUACCAUUUGCUUUAGUGUUUGUUCAUUGUAUGUGUACAUUUGUAUUAUUUGUGGUAAAUCUGUUUUUGGAAUAAGCGUGCAUCAUUAAGGGUUAGGCAUCCUUUUGGCCAUGAUUUACCAUUAUAUUUGAAAAGUUAUAUGUCCAUUUGAUUCCAGUAAAAGUACAAUCACUCUUUUUUGUUAUAGUCGUAUGUACAAUCAGUAUUGUUAUGUGGUAAAUUGUAUUUAUUUUCUGUUUGUUAAUACACUUUUAAUGCAACUGUAUACUUUAUCAAAUGCAUAGUUGCUCUUUUUAAGUUGAAAUGUAUUCAAUAUAAGUGUAGAGGUUUGUUAAUAUAUCAAAUAAAUUGUGAACUGCA